AUGCCAACUAAUAAAACGACAAGUAAGCCAUUUGUUCGAGUCAUGGUCAUCGGAGCUGGCUUUUCUGGGUUGGCAAUGGGAUGUCAAAUUAAAAAACAGCUCAAGUGCGACGAUUUGGUGAUCUAUGACCGGAUGCCCAGGGCUGGUGGAACGUGGUGGUCGAACAAAUACCCCGGAUGUGGAGUAGAUAUUCCGGCCGUCUUCUAUAGUCUCUCAUUUGCUCCGAAUCCCCAUUUUUCGAAAGUCUUUCCGAAGCAAGACGAGAUAUUGGACUAUAUCAAUCAGGUCGCAGCAGAGCAUGGUGUGUUUCGUCAUAUCGUAUGUCAUGUUCAGUGGGAAGAGGCUCGCUGGAACGAAGACACGAGCACCUGGCAAGUCCGACUGCGAGAUUUAUCAACCGACGUGUGCUUCGAACAAGAGUGUAAAAUCCUUAUUUCUGCGGUAGGAGGUCUAUCCGUCCCAAAGUUGGUGAACAUCAAGGAUGCGGACGUGUUUGAGGGAGAAAUUGUUCAUACGGCCCAAUGGAACCAUGAUGUCUGCCUCCGUGAUAGAGAUUUCGUCGUGAUUGGCAACGGGUCGUCAGCUUCUCAACUCAUCCCGUCCAUUGUCGAUGAAACGAAGACAAUUACUCAGUUCAUGCGAACACCGCAGCACUAUAUGCCGAGCGCGAAUAUAGUCAUUAGUCUCUUUCUGAGGAAGGCUUUGCAGUACAUUCCCUCACUUUUAUGGUUACUACGGACAUCUCGAAGCCCUAACACCAUAAUUGAGCGACGAGUGUUUGAUAACGAUGGCUAUAUCCCAUGUCUUCGCCGAGAAAACGUUCACUUGACAGCGGAUCCUAUUGUAGCUAUCCAGCCUCGCUCGGUGCUGACGAGAUCAGGCAAAGCCUACCCAGCUGAUACAAUUAUUCUGGCAACUGGUUUUACGACUGCUCAGUUCGAUGUUAAGCUCUUUGGUCGGAAUGGACUUUCACGAGAUGUUCAUUGGAAUGAGAUUGGAGGCAUGUCCGCCUUCAAAACGGUCGCGAUGGCAAAUUUUCCAAAUUUCUUUUAUAUUUUAGGACCGCAUUCUGGACGGGGCCAUACGUCGACUAUUUUUGCUGCAGAGAGCUUCGUUAAUUUGGUCAUUCGGGCUAUCAAGGAUGUCAUCAAUGGUCGUGCCAAGUCUGUGGAGGUCAGGCAUUCGAGCGAGAGGUCUUUCCACGAAAGAAUUGUGAAUGCCCUUGAUAGAACUGUGUAUACUGGUAGAUGUGGAAGCGUACGCCUACAGCCCACGCCUACAGCCCGAGUGACAACACAGGAUCACUAA